CUCACUCGAUCGGUGGUUCCACGACGAUCAGGGAUCAUGAAGUCGGCCGCACAUUUUUCCUUCGGUUUCUUCUGGUCUGAUUGGAAGACGAGUGGCUUCGAUGUCCAAUUUGGGUGGUCAUUUUCUUUUAUCCGAAUGCAUGCAUAUGCAGAAGAGCGAACAUGGACCAAUCGACGACCAUACCACGAUUACUCCAGAGCUGAAAAGACGGAGCUGUAAUAUCUACGACUAUGGCCAAACACUUUAUAUGGUCAGGUCAAACUCUACAAUAAUCUCUACCUAUUCAGCCUACAAUUCAGCAUCAUGCCCGCCAAUAUGCCUACUACCACUUUACUCUUUAUAGGAGCCGCUCUUUUAGCUCUCUCACCUGCAACUCGUGCGACGCUAUUCUACCCUACAGUACAAGCAUCACUCCUUGAACACAUACUCGUCGAUACACAUGGCGCUCAUGCUUCUGGAUUUGCGGAUGCAAUUACACCAUGUACGAACUACGUAUCUGGUAGUCAAAAUGAAGGCCGGGAGACAGCAGCGCAGUGGCUCAGGGUCGCGUUUCACGAUUUCGUGACUGCGCAUGUAGAUGAAGGUACCGGGGGUAUUGAUGCGAGCAUCGGGUUUGAGACUUUGAGAGAAGAGGAUUCGGGGACUGCUUUCAAUGAUUCUUUCAGUUUCUUCAGGCCGUAUGUCAGUUCUAAGGUCAGCAUGGCCGAUCUAGUUGCUCUCUCUGUGACUAUGAGUGUUGGAAGUUGUGGCGGUCCUCAGAUUCCUGUCAGAGGGGGCAGAAUUGAUGCCACUGAAGCAGGGCCAUUCGGUGUACCGGCUCCCGACACAGACCUUCCAACGACUCUCCAAUAUUUCGCAAACUCUGGUUUCAAUCAAGUAGACUCUAUUGGUCUCACUGCUUGUGGUCAUACCAUGGGAAGUGUCCAUCACGGCGGGUUUCCGACAGUUGUCGGUCCUCAAGCAGUUGCGAACAACAAUAUUGCAGGAGGCAUUCACUUCGACAGCACUGUAGCUGUAUUUGACCCUGUUGUAGUUACGGAGUACUUGAACAGUACAGGCCAAGCGGGAGGACCGCUUGUGACAUCUUUCAAUGUCUCCUCACGAAGCGAUCUUCGACUGUACGAAAGUGACAACAAUGCCACUAUGAUAGAACUUGCGCAACAGGGCGAGGGAUUCUUACAUACUUGCUCUACGCUUCUUCAGAGAAUGGUGGAGACGGUUCCAAGCAACGUUGUGUUAUCAGAUGUCGUCUCGCCGAUAGAAAUCAAGCCAAUAAACGCCAGUCUCGACUUUGAUGCCACAGGAAACUUAAUCUUUACUGGCUAUAUUCGAGUUCUGUCAUCUGUAGCUGCAAAUGCCCCCACUUCGCUGUCGAUUUCCACUUCAGAAUCUCAGUCAGUACCUUUGACAGCGGAAAGUACCCUAGGCACCAAUGUCUUCGGUGUCACCACGUUCUUUCCAUUCAAUGUCAGCAUCACGGGUCCAAAUUCUUUCGAAUCAUUCAAAAUUCAAUGUCCUGGACGAGAAAAGACAUUUUCAGUAAAAUCCUCCGCGUUUGUCGUCCCAUCUCUGUCAUCUAGUACAUCAGAAGCGACGACCGUUACGAAUUUCACUGUCGCCGUUUCUUCUUCAGCGCCUUCGUAUAUCAAGCGAUCGUCUAAGCGUGAUUCUACUCCCGGGAUAACGGUUCAGGCUCCAGUAGGACAGAUGGGAACUCUUGGACCUGCGAUAUUGACAUUUUCGGACGUUACAGUGACCAACAUUGGGUCGAAAGCUGGCUAUGAAUUAUGGUUUGGAUCAGUCAAUGUCGGUACGAAUGUCACCGGUGCAGUGAGUAUCGCUGCAUUGGACAGCGAUGGGAACGAACUCGACAUACUGUUUGUGUGAUUGUGCACAUCAGUUGACAGCGCAGUCCGCUCUUCGAGAAAUAUAUUCUGCAAUUUCUGAUACAUAUAAUAUCAUUCACAAAUACCAACGAUAGUUUCCUCCAUCCUCCAAAUCAUCAAGUCGUGGUAUCCCCUGC